ACCAAUGUAUCAAAGUUGCAGAAGAAGAUGAAGGUAACCUCAACACCAGAGAACGAUUCAUCCUCUUCUGCCCUUCUCUUUUUCGUUUCCUUACAUUCAUAUGUUGUUAGAAACCUAUUUUAUUGGAAAUCUGAAUAAUUUUUAGAGUUAAAAAAAAUGAAACCGAUUAUGUUACAAGGGCACGAACGUGCCAUAACGCAAAUCAAAUACAACAGAGAAGGCGAUCUCUUGUUUUCAUCUUCGAAGGACAACAAGCCAAAUGUUUGGUUUUCCUUGAAUGGUGAACGUUUGGGAACCUUCAAUGGACAUCAAGGAGCAGUCUGGUGUAUCGACGUCGAUUGGACUACCACAAGAUUUAUGUCAGGUGCAGGUGACAAUACAUGCAAAAUAUGGGAUUGUGAGACUGGUAGAGAAAUAGGAAAUAUUAAAACUGCCUCGUCUGUUAGAACCUGUUUGUUUAGCUACUCAGCCAAUAUGGCGGUAUAUACGACAGACAAGGCCAUGAAGCAGCCCUGUGAAAUGUUUGUAAUCGAUACGAGAAAUGUUGAUGAUAGUGUAGGCAGUCAAGAUCCAAUCUUGAGGAUCCCUAUUAAAGGUUCUAGGGUUGCUUCUAUUUUAUGGGAUAACCUUGACGAAACUAUCAUUACUGGACAUGAAGAUGGAGAAAUAAUUCAGUGGGAUCUGAAGACUGGGAAACAGCUCAAUUCAGUCAAAGGUCAUGAUCUCUUGAUAAAUGAUAUGCAGUGGAAUCAUGAUGGUACUAUUUUCAUCACAGCUUCAAAGGAUCACACAGCUAAACUGUUUGAUGCUAAAGAUUUGCUUCAUUUGAAGACCUACAAAACUGAGAGACCAGUGAACUCGGCUGCAAUUAGUCCAAUUCGGGAGCAUGUUGUCUUGGGUGGUGGUCAAGAUGCUAUGGAUGUAACAACUACUUCUGCGAGGAUUGGUAAAUUCGACUCCAGAUUUUUCCACAUGGUUUGUGAAGAAGAAUUUGGAAGAGUCAAGGGGCAUUUCGGGCCUAUCAAUAGUGUUGCGUUUCAUCCUGACGGAGAAAGCUACAGCUCUGGUGGUGAAGAUGGUUUUGUAAGGGUGCACACUUUUGAUAUGGCAUAUUUAGAUUACAAGUUAGAUUACAAAUUGGAUUGUAAAUCAGAUUGUUAACAAAUGCAAAUUUUGUUUGAGACUUGCAGCAAGUAUAAGUUUAUUCUCCUGUCCCUCAUUUGAAGUACACCCUGUCCACUCUCAAGUGAGUUGAGAGGUUUAUUGGCAUUUGUUUGAAAUAUAAUUGUCGAAGGAAUAUACUUUCUAAAAUAAAUAAUAGAAAUAAUAAACCA